GUGACGUCAGUCAACAGCUAGAAAAAAGUAAUCCGAAGCUCUUAUUAAUACAGACCACAUUCGUCAAUUCUACCUAUUUAAACCGUACCUAUUUUGAAUCGAAUAAAUCUUAAAAGCUCGUAAUUGGUUGAUACGUGUAUACAUAGCUCUCGCCUCACGCUACUUACCUACCGAGAUACCUAUAACCACGCAGAGAAAAGAAACUCCCAAUUCAAAAUGUCGGCAAGAUUGCUCACACGAACACGAACCUUCAUGCCGCGCCAUGCCCUCGGCGCCGGCAUCGUCGGCCUCUCCCUCGGGACGAGUAUGGCCACGUUUAGACAGCCGAAGCUGAGAAUGGACGCGAGAGAUACCCCGCGACCGAUGAGCAGUCGUCCUACGAAAGAGAGGUUAGAUCCCGACCUCCUGAAGCAGCUUUCUGGCGGGAGCAUUACAGGGUUUAUUUCGGGACUCCUUAUUAGUGUUUUCUCGCGGACGUUAGUAUUACUUAUAGGUCUCACCGUGGUGGUCGUUCAGGUCGCUUCGAGAUAUGGUCUUGACUUAGUACAACAGCUAAAGGUGAAGCAACGGUUAGGUAAUUCACGCAUAUUAGCUGCUUUGGAGAAGAACCCAGCUUUUACUUUAUCUUUCGGGCUAUUCUUCGCAAUGUCCGCUUUUAUGCAAUUCUAGCUGUUUAUAUACCGUGGGCAUCUAGGUAGAUAGCAACGGACAGAUAUAAUCUGAGGGGAAAUCAGCCUCUAUUUCAGAAAGGUUGUGUUUCCCUCUUC